AUGAUAGAUAUUUACAAUAUUGAGGACAUGGUCGUCCAUCCCUUCACUCCAUCGUCGAAAACCGCCAAGAAUACCGGUGCCCAACAGCAGGCUCUCGAGUCAUUCUACCGGGCCCAGGCCAAGAUCUAUGACAUGACCAGGUCGAGGCUUCUGCAGGGCAGAGAAACUUCCCUCAAGCUGGCAGUGAGCCACCUUUCAAAGAAUUCUGAUCUCGUGUGGAUUGACGUAGGUGGUGGCACAGGCUACAAUGUGGAGCACAUGGAUUCGAUUUUGCCGUUGAGCAAACAUUUUAAAGCAAUCUACGUGGUUGACCUAUCGCCAUCUUUGCUUGAAGUUGCACAGCAGCGUUUCGAGGCUAAAGGCUGGAAAAACGUUUACUGCGUUCUUGCCGACGCGUGCAACUUCUCUGUUGCCAAGCUGCCUGCUGAUUUAAUCACGUUUUCCUACUCGUUGUCGAUGAUUCCAACUUUUCACUGUGCCGUGGACCAUGUUGUUUCCAUGCUGCACAAAAACGGAGUUGUGUGCUGUGUGGAUUUUGGGGUCCAAACAAUUGCCACCUCGGUAGCCAAGGUCAACACCCUUGGAGGAAUGACGAACAGGCACAGUCCGUGGAUUUUCCGCACAUUCUGGCGCACGUGGUUUGAGGCCGACAGGGUAUUUUUGGACCCGGCCAGAAGAGACUAUCUGGAGUACAGAUUUGGGACACUAAAGUCGCUCAACCUGUACAACAAACAGCUGGGCAAUAUUCCAUAUUACAUUUGGCUUGGCUGCGACAAGGACCGCUCGCCAGCCCUGUUUCACAGAAUCAAUGCACUAGCCACAGAGUCUCCGUACCUGGCUCCCCAAGAUGAGUCCGUCGAUAUUGCCAGAAGUAAGGGCCACGAGGCAGCUCUUGAAUCGCAGGCCAAAAAACUACCUUAUCCCUCCAUCUACUACCAGAACGACGCCUACCGCGUCUACUACGAUGAGCUAAAACCAGAAUAUGGCCAAUUCAGAGACCAGUAUAUCUAUGCGUUUACAUGGGAGGACCCAAGAGAGGAUGUCAGGAUCCUCAAGCUCUCGUCCAAAGACACUGUCCUGGCCAUCACUUCUGCCGGCGAUAAUAUUCUGGCGUACGCUUCUCUGCCCGACCCGCCUCGGCGGAUUCACGGAGUUGAUCUCAACCCCUGCCAGGGCCAUCUGAUGGAGCUAAAGCUUGCCGCUUUCAAGUCUUUAAAAAGGGAGGAAAUUUGGAAGAUAUUUGGGCUGGGCAAGAUCGAGGGCUUCCGCGAGCUUCUAGUUACCAAACUGGCACCCCACAUGUCUUCGAAUGCCUUCCAGUACUGGUACGAGAACGGUGAAAAAACGUUUGACGUUAACGGCCGCGGCCUGUAUGACACAGGGUUCUCGAAAUGGGCCCUGCGAAUGGCUCGCUACGUGUUCAAGAUCUGCGGCGUAACCUCCGACGUAGACGAUCUGUGUGCGGCCCAAAGUAUUGAGGAGCAAAAACGCAUUUGGGACGAAAAUAUCAAACCUACGCUGUUCAACCCAAUCGUCUCGAAGCUGCUUAUAGGAAACCCGCUUUUUCUCUGGAAAGCACUUGGCGUGCCGUCCAAUCAGGCCGCCAUGAUGGGCCCAUCUGUGGUGAAGUACGUGAUCGAUACGCUGGAUCCUGUGGUUUCCCGCUCGCUCAUCUCCAGCGACAACUAUUUCUACUACCUGGCUCUUAAGGGAAGAUACUCGGAACAGAACUGUCCAGAAUACCUUACUAAGUCUGCAUACAAAAAGUUCUCCGCUAAAGGCUCACCAUUGGACAAUAUCCGUCUUCACACGGACUACUUGAACGACGUCUUUGCUAGGUUGACGAAAAAGUCUCUGACAGUGGCUGUAAUCAUGGAUCACAUGGACUGGUUCGACCCGGUCGGAAAAGAUGCGGAAGAGGAAAUUGCCGCACUUGACGAGGCCCUGGCUCCCGGCGGCCGUGUCCUGCUCCGCUCUGCUUCCACGCAGCCAUGGUACAUAAAGAACUUCGAGAACAGGGGCUACAUCUGCGAAGCUGCUGCAGUACGCGAAUCGGGAAAAAGCAUCGACAGAAUCAACAUGUACGCCUCCACGUGGCUGUGCAUUAAGCCGGCCACGCAACACAUGAGCACGAUCAGGAUUUGAAAAUAAAUAGACGCAGGUGCUUAUAAAAUUAGUUGCACGUGGUGAGUCCGAUUUUGGCUACCGAAAAUCGAGCCACGAGUAGCAUAAAUAUCAGAGUCUUUCCAAGUCUGGUAACUAAUGAAGCUGAUCUUUUUUGCUGCGUGCCUCUCGCUUAUUCCCGCUAGCUUUGCUGCCAACUCCGUUUUCAUUGGCAACGACGAGUACAUCAACUAUGGUCUGUCUGGCUACGGUUUUGUCCCCGGCGAUGCUGUUGACAAAUACAAGGACACCAUCUCGUUUGGAUCCUCUAUUUCAUUGCACAAGCCAUCAUUGUCGGUCUCCAAUGGCGUGUACAGCUUUGUGACGUACAAUCUUCCAGACAGGGGCUGGAACACCAAUGGUACACUUAACUAUGCUCCUAGAAUUCACAAAUACGGGGUCACCUUCACACCGAAAAAUAGCUCUUCCUCCGCCAAUCUGGUCUGGAACUACCAGGAUACCAUCCUGCUCAAAGACUUCACUGGCCAACUCAUGACAGGGCUUGACUGCAAUACCACCCUGUACCAGAACGGCCACACGCUGCCGGCUACCCAGUUUGUUGGAGAUGGUUUUGGUGGAGGAUUGAACACUAACCGCACCACUACACGGGUCUGUUUGGACCCUGAGGCUCUGAGAAUUGUCCGCAACGAUAUUUCUAAUGGGUUCUGGAUCACCGAUGAGUAUGGCCCUGGUAUUUUCAAAUUCGACUCCAACGGCACUCUGGUCGACUACACCCUGCCGCCAGAUGCCAUAGUUCCCUUCAGAAACGGAACGAUGUCCUUCAGCGCCAACUCGCCUCCGCUUUACGAGGAUUACGACCUUGGUGAUCCAGAUUCUGGCCGUGCCAAUAAUCAGGGGUUCGAAGGAGCAGCUUUGUCACCUGACGGGAAGCACGUGUACGCCUUGCUCCAAUCUGCAGCCAUCCAGGAAGGUGGCUCCAAGAAGUACACGAACGCUUAUGUGCGCCUAGUCAAGUACAACGUUUCUGGCUCGUCCCCGGUGCUGGAGGCGGAGUACGUGCUCCGACUGCCCACCUACGAGGACCCUGAAAAAGAUGCCGCAAAGAAUCCUCGCGUUGCUGCGCAGUCCGAGCUUGUUUACCUAAGCGACGAACUAUUUAUGGUUCUGGCUAGAGACAGCGGACGAGGAAGAGCACAGGACAACACCACGUCAAUCUACAGACAUGCUGACCUGUACUCCAUUGCCAAUGCAACCAAUAUUGCCGGCAGGUACGACCAGAUGGGUGACAAGGUCGCGUCAAAAAAAGGCAAGCUGGAAGAUGGAAUCACAACUGCUACCUACUAUUCAUUCCUUGAUUACAACAACCAGACUGAACUGAGCAAGUUUGGACUGCACAACGGCGGCAAGGACGACCCCAUGCUGCUGAACGAGAAGUGGGAAGGAAUCACCCUUAUUCCAGUGGAGUGCACCACAGACGAAUAUUUCCUCCUCACAGUUUCCGACGACGAUUUUAUCACGCAGAAUGGUUUCAUGAAUUUUGGAACGUUUCCGUAUUCUGACGCAUCCGGGGCCAAUCUAGACAAUCAAGCUCUCGUGUUCCACGUGAAGCUGCCGGCUCUCACCCAUGAAAACACGUGCACUGCCCCGAGCUCGCAGCCGGCAAAUUCCAUGGAUGCAACUACUUCAAGCACUUUACAAUCAUUGCUGGAGACCCGGACAACGACAGCAAACAGAUCUACAUCUGUGGCGGUGUCUGUGGCAAGCGAUGCCGGAAGUAGCCUGAGAUCAAGUGUUCUCGGCUUAUUACCGCUCGUGCUUGCCCUUCUGUAAUAUACAUCUAUAUAGCAGCUACCAAAAUAAAAUAGAUUAGGG